GUACAACGUGAUUUAGCAACUUUUAGCAACAAAUCAACCUGCCUCUAGCAACUUGCCCUGAAAAUUAGUUGGCAGCACUGGUUCCAUAGUUACUGUCAGGGCCACUACGACUCUUACAGCAUUAAAUGGGUCCCUACACAAUCACCUACUUUGGAGUCCGAGGGCGCUGUGGCGCUAUGAGAAUCAUGAUGGCCGACCAGGGACAGGAAUGGAAGGAGAUCGUGGUGGACUUUGCGGACUGGAUGAAGGGAGAUCUGAAAGCCACUUGUGUAUUUGGUCAGUUGCCCAAGUUAGAAGAUGGAGGAUUUGCCCUGUACCAGUCAAAUGCCAUUCUGAGGCACUUGGGCCGCAAUCAUGAUGCCUAUGGGAAAGAUGGCAAGGAGGCUGCCCUCAUUGACAUGAUGUGUGAUGGUGUUGAGGACCUUCGUCUUAAAUACGUAAAAAUGAUUUACCAGGAAUACGAUACUGGUAAAGACGUAUACAUCAAAGACCUUCCUAACCACCUUGACAAGUUUGAAGCUGUGAUGGCCAAAAACAAGACUGGUUUUCUUGUUGGCGACAAGCCAUCCUUUGCUGACUAUAGUCUGUUUGAAGUCCUUCUCAACCACCUGGUGCUCUGCUCCAGUUGCCUGGAUACCUUCCCCUCCCUGAAGAGUUUUGUCGAGAAGAUGUCUGCCCGUCCCAAAAUCAAGACCUUCCUAGACUCUGAAGCCUACAAGAAACUGCCCAUUAACGGCAAUGGCAAACAGUGAAUUCUGCUGAACAAAGGAGGCUAAAUUCCACCCCUUAUACUGUAACCGGUCAUGGAUAAUAGCCAUUUUUUUUGUGUCCAACUUACAGAUUAGCCUACAAUAAGCUUGUAGUUAACUUUAUGUACAAUUGUUAGAUACUAAUGACUUUUGUAUGACAUGAUGAAUUGUAAUUGUCAUGUGUUCAAAAAAUAAAGGGCUUUUUGAAAAGCA